AUGGAAUCGUCAAACAUGGGAAAGCGCAUGACAGAUAUUUUGGCUACUUUCCGCUAUUUCUUCGCUCUUUCUCGUACUCGCACAUAUGCUUUUGCAAUUCAUUGUGUUGCCGCUUCCAAUGUCCUCGCUGCCCUCUCUUCCACUGAAUGUUCCAAUUAUGGCGAUGAUGCAUCAGAUUUGACUGAUUCUUUCGGUUCGAGCCGCAGAGUAAUCAGUAGGAAUCCUCCCUGCUACUGGUAUGCGGAUCCACCGCAGCUCAUCUUCAUCUCUGCCGUUUACUCUGCGUCUCCCCACUUAUCUACUGCUACAGCUGGUUACGUUCGAAGUUUGACUCUCCGCAAACGGUUCAUCAAACAAUCUCUCGUAGCUCACGUAACUUUACACAGACUGAGUCUGCGUAAUCGUUGCCAUCGUCUCUCCGGCCCCGGCUCCAAAUCUGUUGUUCUCGACGCGCGCAUGGGCCCUCCUUCUCCCACCGUUGCCGGGCCCGCACCUAUUCUUACGUACGGGACCUACGCCUGCUGA